CGAUUCAGCACACACCACCACCACUACGCUUGGACAACCCCCCCUUUUUGUGACGUGUCGACGGCCGCGAAUUAUAGUUGAUGGCAAGUAUUAAUGGAUUCCUUGGUCAAUGCGAGCGAAUCUAUGCAUGUUCGCCUCAAGUAAUCCAAGAAGUCUCCAUUAACACCAUCAUUGCUUAUCCACUUCUUCGUAUAACCCAUCAAUUUGUACUAUAACUGCUUCUAAACGCGAUCCGAACCCCCCUCCAAGCUAAUAGGAAGUUGUAUUUAUAGUGCCGUUCGACGUUUUUGACUUGGGAAUAUUCGAGAAGCGACCGGUUCCGUAUUUCCGAUAAUCUCGUUGUCCUGUCUACCUCGUGAAGUCCGAAAUCAUGUCUGACGCCGAAGGAUUUGAGGUCGUCCAGCACGAAGAAUCGGUUCUUUCGGGCGAAGAGACUGCUGGCACCACCGGCACUGGCGCGUCGCCCAAAUCAUCGGCUAAGUCAAGUAAUGGAUCCAAGCCCGAAGGUACCACGGGGUUAAAGCGACCGACUGCUACCAGCACUGCUACCCGUCGCCCGGGUACGACCACUACCACCACCCCGAAGACUGCCGUGGGCUCGACGGCGCGUGCAAGCGGCGGUCUUAGCAAGCCCCCGACUCGUCCUCCUGUGGGAACCGCUGUCAAGAAGCCUACGACCGCCGCUGCCACGACUCAUCGAUCGCAACCAUCCGUCUCCGAAGAUGAAAAGAAGAAAUCUACUAUGACUUCUGCGGCGCGCCGAACAUCAACGGUACCAAGCAGCUUAUCAUCGUCUCCCGGAAAGUCUGCCGCGAGACCAGGCGUUGGUACAACUACCACCGCGAGGAAGCCCUCUCCUGCGACCAGCACAUUAGGCUCGAGAACAAGCACUCUUGCAAGGCCGUCAACGGGUACCACAACAGGUGCGCCUGCGGUUCGAUCUUCGACGGCUACCCGACCUGGAGCUCCCAGUGCUGCGACCGAAACAAGAAAGCGGCUAUCUAGUGUUGCCGGUUCGCCAACCGCAGCAAGACAUGCUGCUCGUCCAUCUACCUCUUCCUCGGCCUCCGCCCAGGCUGCCAAGGAUGUUGAAGACCUGAAGGCUAAGCUCUCUGAAAAAGAGUCGGAAGUUGAGUCGCUAAAGGAGCAAGUUGCUACUUCUCAAUCCAAAGUCACUGAGCUUGAGGAGAAGAUUCAGGCCGAAGCCAAUGGUGUUCAAGGUGUUGAGGAUGCUGUACGCCAAGGACACGAAGAACUUGUGGAGACUCUGAAGUCUACCCACGCUUCCGAAAAGGAGACUCUCAGCACACAGAUAUCCGAAGCUCUUGACAAGCUCAAGAUUGCUGAGGAGCAGCUUGAGACUCACAAGACGCAGCUGACUAAACUGACUAGCUCCCAAGAAGCCAAGGAUACCGAGAUCACUAGCCUCCAAAGCAAGCUAGAGUCCCUUCAACUCGACAAGGAUGCUGGUGCGAAAGACAGUGAAACUGCUUUGACCAAGGCAACCGAGGAACACAAUGCCGCAUUGGAGGAAUUCCGAAAAUCUUUGAAUGAACAGCACCAAGCCGUCGUUGAAGCUUUGAAGACGUCGCAUGCAGCUGAACUUGACGAAAGUAAAGCAUCUUCUGGCGAGCACCAGAAGGCUCUCGAGGAACUUAAGGCCGCUAACGAGUCAUUGCAAAAGAAGAUCGACGAAUUGACCUCAUCCACAGAAAGCGAAGGUGCUGCAAGUGCCACCAAGAUCUCUGCACUAGAGGCCGAACUUGCCGAAUUGAAAGCUGCCGCUGAACAGGACAAAGCCGCGUUGGCUGCUUCCCAGGCGGAAUUGCAGGAAGUCAAGACGAAGCUCGAGGAAUCACUUGCUGCUGUAGAUGCUACAAAGGAAGAGUUGGCUAAGUUUAAGUCCGACUUUGCUAGCUUACAAGAGGAAUUAGGCCAGGCCAAAGCGGAUGCGACGUCUAGCGCAGGUCUUGCCGGUGAGAUUAAGGACUGGGAAGAAAAGUACGAAAAGUUGAAGCAGGAACACAAACUCUCAGAUGAGACGCACGAAGCCCAACUGAAGCAAGUAUCCCAAGAUUACGAGACCGAGAUCGAGAGCCUGAAGGGAGAUGCUUUCUUCAAGCGCAAGUUCCAUGUUCUUGAAGAGGAGCACAAUGAACUCAAGGCCAAAUAUGACGAGCUAACCGGCACACAUUCAACGGCCGUUGAAAGCCAUACGCAAGAGUUGCAAUCCAUCAAGACCGAGCACGAGGCUGCUGUUGCGGCUCUUUCCGCCAAAGAGGAAGAGCACCAAAAGGCAUUAGACGCAUUACAAGCAAGCCAUGCAAUGGAAUUGGAAGCCGCCAAGAGUGGUGCCUCUGCCGAUCAAGAAGCUCAUCUUGCUGCACUAGACGCCCUCAAGGCUAGCCACGCGAAGGAGAUCGAGAUUUCUAAGUCCGAAAGCGAAGCAGCUCUUGCAAAGGAGCUAGAGGCUCUUAAGGCAGCCCACGCUGAGGCCCUUAACUCUCAGAAGCAGGACUCGGAUGCUUUAGUCUCUGAGUUGAAGGCCACCCACGCACAGGAGCUUUCCACCAAGGAUGCUGACAGUAGCGCUCAUGCAACUCAAUUGGACGCUUUGAAGGCCGCUGUAGAGGAUGCUCAAGCUGAGUUGGAGAAGGCUAGAUCUAGCCACGCUCAAGAGCUUGCUUCCAAGGAAGCCGAUACCAGUGCUCACCUUACCCAGCUAGAGGCAAUGAAGGCUGCCCUCGAGGAAGCGCACGCAGAACUUGAGAAGGCUAAAGCUAGCCAUGCUGAAGAACUGGCUGCUAAGGAGGCUGACGGAAGUGCUUAUGUAACCCAAUUAGAAGCUUUGAAGUCUUCUGUUGAGGCUGCACAGGCUGAACUCGAAAACGCCAAGGCUAGUCACGCUGCUGCUCUCGAGGCCUUCAAGAAAGAAAGCGACGAAGCUCACUCCGCCGAAAUUGAGAAAUUCAUCACAAUGCAAGCUGAAGCCGUGGAAGCCGCGAAGAAGGACGCAUCCGGUUCUCAGAAGGAGCUCAUCGACGCCCUUGAAGCCAAGCACGCUCAGGCCAUCGAAGAGUUGACUAAGGAACACGAGACUAAGCUUUCUGCCGUAACCUCGGAUGUAGCUAAGCAUCUCGCCACCGCUACCGAAUACGAGACGGCAUUGGUUGCGGCGAAGGAGGCCCUAGCCAAGGCCGAAGAGCAAGCCGUGAAUCUUGAAGCCGAGCUAUUGGAAGCCAAGACGAAGGGCGCGGAACUAGCUAAGGUUGAGGCCGAAUACGCAGACUUGCACCAACAACUUGCAGAGGCCAAGAUGAACAAUGUGGAACUCAUGGCUGAAAAUGACGCUCUGAAGAACCAGAAGCCCGACACAUCUGUUGUGGAUGCAUUGAAGGCGGAGCUUGAGAAGCUCAAGGAAUCGCAUGCCCAAGAUCUAGCAGCUGCUCAGGACGUGUCGACAAAGUCCGCCGGUGAUCUCGAGUCACUACAGAAGGAUUACGCGACCGCCAAGGCCGAGUUUGAGUCGCUAAAGGAACAACUAGAAGCGGCUAAGCAAGAUGCUCUUAUCGCGCAGAAGGACCUCGAAGCUCACAAGAACGAUGCGGACGCCAAGCUCAAGAACCAAGAGGCGGAUUACAAGGAUAUGUAUGACAAUCUGACCGCCAUGGUUGAAGAAGAGCAGAAGAAAAGAGAAGCCAAUGACAAAGAAGCUGCCGAUAUCAAGUCGAGAUUCGCAGAGAUGGAGGCUCAAAUCAAGGUCAAGGACGCAGAGAUCGCCGAAGCUCUAGCGAAGGCGGCAGCUCAGACAUCAAAGAAAGGUUUAUCAGCAAGCAGAUUCGCUGGCGACGAUAACGCAAACGCUCAAGACACUGCCGAGUCGGAGGCUUCCGCAGCUGCAGCUAGCACAAGUUAACCUGACUCUCAAAGGCCUGAAGGCCAUUGAUGACGACAUGAGAGACCGAAAUAGAACGAUGCUCAAGUCAAUGACCAAUGACCGUCGAUCCACAAGCCAGACUUGAACGACAAGAUAGCCGUUCUUACGAGCAGUUUCUUCUUCCUAGGUCUAUCGGAUUUUACUUAUUCUCACGUUUUUGAUACCAUUCUACGACCAUCAUUCUCGCGGCCUUGUUAUUUACGGGAGGGAUACGCCGACAUACUUUAAUUCAUAGGGGCCUUCGCUUAUGCUCCACACUUUUCUUACGGGUAACGACAUUCACAUCCUGGAUAUACCCACCCACCUGUUACCCGCUUCGUCCCUUACUCGAUGCUGUUUCGCCCGUCGCUACGGACUGGAGGGGUUUACUGUUACAUUUCGGAAUUUGACACGCUUUGUAAUGAAUACUUUUCUGUUUUAGGGGAGGUGCCCCAUUUACAUACAUAAGUACAUACUUCUAUCGCUCCCGCGAUACACGGAGGAAAGGGGAAGGAGAAAGUUGUAAAAAGCUUAGGCGAGAUAGUGUUGGAGGAAGAAAUUAUUCGUUGAUUUCUCUAUUAUUCUUUUCACAUUUGGAGGACAUGUGGUGUGGAUAGGCAGUAUGGACGUAGUGUAGUUUUGUCUACGUAGUUGAAAUGGACGAUACCCCUGUGUUUACAAACCGA